AUGGAGUCCAGUUUCAGACUUAAAAUGAAUGUGUUGCCUCAAGCUAUCCUACAAAGCCCACGAGAGCAUCCCAGGUUCAUAGAGCAGACUGUUUGCCCCUCAUUAGACUUUUCAAGGAUUCAUUUGAUCAAAGACAAAGAUAGCAUAGAUGAUUAUUUGGCGAAGAAUAUCAAAGGGCUGUCAAAACAAGAAGCUGCUGCGAACAGGAAUUCAUACAAGAAGAACAUCUGCAUAGACAUGCUGCGACAGGGUUAUCACAAGUCCUUCGCUGAGCUCUCCACUCUGAUACAGAAGUGGAAUGCCUUGAGGGAGGCUGCAGGGCCUGGGUCAGCCAUAUGGCAGCAGAAGUCCCUGGAGGAGCAGCCUGAUAAGCUGGAUCAGCUUUACCACUUCCUGACCAGGGCUGAGGCAGCCCAGCGAGCAGGACACUAUGAGGAGGUAUACGAUAACCAGCUUAACUUGGCCUACUAUUUCAGUGACUCUGAGGACAAAUGGUUAAGUCAUUACUUUUAUGAGCAGUGCUUUAACACUGCUCAACUAGUAAAAAUUGAUGGUGGGAAAAGAGAGGCACAAGCACAUGUAAAUAUGGCCCUCAUCAAUGAGGUACAAG